AUGUCUACCGCUUCCUCGAGCAAUCCUGCUGCGGAGUACGAGAGCCUCCAAGACAAGCACCGCGAAAUGCAGCUCCUUAGUAGCUACCGCCACCAAAUCCUAGCCAACGCCUCGGCUCUCUUCGGCGGCAUAUGCGACGUCUGCACCAUCCGCACGAGCGCGUCCGACGACCAGCCUGCGUUCUCCGCGGCCGUCUUUCGGCCUUCUACCGAGAAGGGGUCCGUGAAGGUCUUCUUGAUGCGUAAUGAGGACGAGGAGGAGAGGAUUAGAGAGAUGCGCGGGUGCGAAAGGGAGGACGAGGAUGAGGAGACGAAGGUCGUCUUCAAGCAUGCCUUCCUUGGGGGCGACGAGGAGGACGACGAGGGUAAAGAGAACAGGAAGAACGAGGACGAGGAAGACGAGGAUAUGGACAUGGAGAACGAAGGAAACGAAGAGGCCGACGAGGCCGACGAGGACGAGGAUGUUACCACGCCGCUAACAUCGCGGCUCGCAGCGAUGGAGAAGCUGCUCGACUUGACCGAAAGUGCGAUCCAGGAGGCUCGAUUCGUCGCUCUAACGGCGGAGGAUUGGGAGUUGUUGGAGAAGGGGGCUAGGAAGCGUGAGCCUACGCCAUGUAGGUUUAGCAGCGCGCAUCUGUAG